AUGUCUACGACCCCUAAGCCGCGUGGCCGCCGGUCACUGCGAAAGUCCGACAUCUCCGAGUCCUUCACUCCUGUAGGAGAUACCACACUUACGGGGCUUCAGCGUCUUCCCAUCCAUACCAGAUACCCCCUCACCCCCAGCCGGUUAGCAGCAUCAGGAACGCCGUCGCGACGAACGCCACGCAACAGAGCUGGAGCUGCUCCAUCAACGCCAUAUGGAUUACGGGCGAUGCAGCGCCGAGCGGCAAAUACACCUGCGCGUGAUCGGAGGAAAAGUGGACGGAUGCAGAGGGAGACGACAUUUGAUAUUCUACGGAAUCUCGGUAGAGCUCUUGCGCCCGUGUCACAGCCUAUUCGUUCAUCACCGCAAGAAGAAAAACCGGAACCAGGGCCGGAGCUGGAGAAGGAUGAGAUCGAAGAGCUCGACAACGAACCGGAGAUUGAACGCCCCCGAUUGUCCUUGCCUUUAGAGGAAGUAGAGGAGCAGGAGGAGGCGAGUCCCGAGCCACGUCCACCCAGGCUCUCCUUGGCCUUUGAAGAAGAGGAUAUCACGGUUGAAUACCCCCGACGGGCUACGAGCGAACACGAUAGAGCGAGAUUAUCUAUGAUGAGUUUCGGUAACCCUCGAUUAAGUGAGAACUUUGGUGAUGCGACCCGGUUGGAAAGCGACUCGGAGAAUAGUGAUGACACAGGUAUCGAGCAUGGUGAAGACCGAGUGAACCAGGACGAAACUGUUAUGAGUCGAGGUGCUUUUGAUAGAGGAGGAGAGACGGAAGACCUUGGGAGGUUCAACUUUGACUUCAACUUCCCAUCCCCGCCUCCACCUCAGGCUGAUGACAUGGACGGACCCCUCAACGAUGAUGAAGGGUUCGAGCUUUCGCCCGUUGAUCUGGCCCAGGACACAGCCCCCGUAUUUGACGACAGUGAUGAUGAUGAUGAUGAUGAUGCUGCUGCUGUCACAGCCGGUGAAUUUGGCCUGGAUCUCCACAUGCCAUCUCGCGUCUCUCUAAGCGAAAGCCCUGGUAUCGUCGGAGGAGGGUUGCGUGACGAAGACACUGUUAUAGUGCAGGGAAAGCAAAAGAAACUCUCCCGAUACGGCAUCCCUGUGCCCAACAUGCCGUCGGGGGUGGUUCGAAAGUUGGCUACGCGAUUUGCGCCAGCGAGGGCUGGCUCUAAAGCUAAGAUCAGCAAGGCCACAUUAGCUGCUAUUGAGCAAGCGUCAUCGUGGUAUUUUGAGCAGGUCGCUGAAGAUCUAGCGGCAUAUUCCAAACAUGCGGGACGGAAGACGAUUGAUGAGAGUGAUGUUGUUACUUUGAUGAGACGGCAACGCCAUAUUAACAACUCUACGAGUAUUUUCUCUCUGGCAUCGAAGCAUUUACCGAGGGAACUGCUGCAGGACAUGAGAUUGUCAAUGCCUCCAUGA